CACAUCCAUGUCAUGUCAUGUGACAAUCACGCUGCUAGCGUAGACAACACGGGAAUAAAUAGGACCAGUGGAGGAGCGGCAGCAGACGCAGCAGACAUGACGACAACGUCGCUGGGGAACUUUGUGCAGUGCCCGGUGUGCAGGACAAGCCACGCCCCAACCAACGGAGCACUGAAGGAUGGCGUCUAUGCUUCUACCUGUGAAAACUGUGGCCACUUCUUCAAGUUCAAGGCAACAGGUCCUCUCAAGUCCUCUGUUACCUUCACCAUCAAUGGGACUUCCUACACAGUUGGCAACCAGUAUGCCGCAGCUCUGUCCCUGAAUGAGUUCAUGAGAUCCCAGGGUGUGUCCUAUGGCACCAAGGUGAUGUGUAUGGAGGGAGGGUGUGGCGUGUGUCUCGUCACUACCACACUGUAUGAUCCCAUCACAAAGGCCGUGCAGACCUACACAGUCAACUCGUGUCUGGUUCCUCUCUACACCUGUGACGGGAUGCAAGUGACAACCAUAGAGGGUCUGGGCAACCCCUGGGAUGGCCUACACCCGUUACAAGACCGCCUGGCACAGUAUAAUGGCUCUCAGUGUGGCUUCUGUAGCCCCGGCCAGGUUAUGAAUAUGUAUGGCUUACUGAAGAGAACACCCACUCCUACCAUGCAGCAAGUAGAAAAUACAUUUGAUGCAACCAUCUGCCGAUGUACAGGGUAUCGCUCGAUUCUGGAUGCCAUGAAGUCCUUUGCCUCUGACGCCCCACCAACACUACCCGGCGGUACUAUUGACAUUGAGGAACUGGACAAGAAGAUAUGCAGCAAAACCGGGAAGACCUGCACAGGACGCUGUUCCUCUGAGAGACAGACUGACCCGGAGCACGUCCCCCUCCACAUUGUGCUGCAGGGGUCACAGUGGUACAAACCCACCACCAGACAGCAGCUGUACGCCCUCCUCGGCCAACACAAGGGGGACAACUACAGACUCGUGUUCGGAAAUUCAGGAUUCGGAGUGUAUAAAGAAAUUGGCCCAUGGAUGUAUGAUGUCCUCAUUGACCUGCGUGGAAUUCAAGAGUUUUACAGCAUUUCUGUGGACUCCUCCAAAGUGAUGUUUGGUCCUUGCAUCACUCUGACCAACAUGAUGGAGGUGUUUGAGACAAACAGCACCAACCCUGCUUUGUCCUACUUCCGGGAUUUCACCAGCCACGUGGCCUACAUUGGUAACAUCGGAGUGAGAAAUUUGGGCAGCUGGGCAGGUAACCUGAUGCUGAAGAACCUGCACACUGAGUUCCCGUCGGACGUCUUCACAAUGUUCGAGACAGUCGGAGCAACUCUGUUCAUCGGAUCAAGUGAUGGCACAGAGAAGUCAUACAGUCUUAUGGACUUCCUGAACCUCGACAUGAAGGGCAAGGUCAUCCUGUCUGUCAUACUUCCAACAUUCCCAUCCGGAGACGUGUAUGUCAAGACCUUCAAGAUUACCCCCAGACACCAGAAUGCCCACGCCUAUGUGACAGCAGGCUUCAGGUUGCAGCUGGACAGCAGCAACAACUUCACUGUCAAGACAAAACCAUCCCUGGUGUAUGGAGGCAUCAACAAGACACUGGUACAUGCAAGCAAUACGGAGGCGUUUCUGCAAGGCAAACAAUUGGGGUCUACUUCAGUUCUUAAAGCUGCAAUUGCCAGUCUGUCCGCCGAGCUGAUCCCAGACGCUACAGCGGGUUUAUCGAGUCCAGCCUACAGAAAGAACUUGGCCAUCUGCCUGUUCUACAAGUGUGUGCUCGGCAUGUGUGGUCGGAAAGCAGCAUCAAGAUUCCAGAGUGGAGGCACCAACUUGAUGCGGCCCGUGUCAUCCGGCACUCAGACAUAUGACAGUCGUAAAGAUGAAUACCCCUUGACUCAACCUAUGACGAAAGCGGAUGCAACCUUACAGACUUCAGGUCGGGUCCAGUUCGUUGCGGACAUACCUCCUGCUCCACAAGAAGUGGCUGCAUCAUUCGUCAUCAGCAGGGUUGGCAACGCCGAGAUCGACACUGUAGAUACAUCUGUAGCCAUGUCCUAUCCGGGAGCGCUCAAGUAUAUAUCUGCAGCAGAUAUACCGACCGGAGGACUGAACAAUUUCAGAGAAGCCACCGCCCUUGCUGAGGAGCUGUUCUGCAGUGGACGGGUUCUGUACAGUGGACAGCCAAUCGGUCUCAUUGUGGCAGUGGACAAACUAUCAGCGGACACAGCAGCCAGCAUGGUGAAAGUUACCUACAAGAACGUCCAGCCUCCCAUCAUUACAAUGGAAGAUGCCAUUCAGAAGAAAUCCAUAUUUCCAAAUGUUGCCCAAGAGCUAAAAGUUGGCGAUGCUGCAGCUGCAAUAGCUGGGUCUGACAAACAGAUAACUGGCACCAUCAAGAUAAAACAUCAGUACCAUUUCCACCUGGAAACACAGUUCUGCCUGUGCUACCCAGCUGAGGAUGGGGUGGGAGUACAUCUCUACUCGGCCACACAGUGGUCAGACCUUGUCCAACAGUCCGUAGCCAGAGUACUUAACAUCACGGAAAGCAGCGUAAGUGUGAAGGUCAAGCGUCUUGGAGGAUCUUUUGGAGGGCGGAUAACACGAGCGAAUAUGACAGCGUGUGCUGCUGCUCUCGCCACGCACGUCAUGAAAAGACCUGUCCGCCUGAAUAUGAAUUUCCAUACCAACAUGAAGACAAUUGGAAAACGUUAUCCGUACCUGGCGAAUUACACAAUCGGGGUCAGCAAUGAUGGGAAACUUAAUGGCAUCCAGCUUACAGCCCAUGCUGACUGUGGAAUAUCACCCAAUGACUGUUACUUUCUUGACUUUCCUGGACAUAUGGACAACGCAUACUACUGUCCAGCAUGGGAUUUCACACCUGUAGCCCUAAAGACCAAUCUCCCUACCAACACAUAUUGCAGGGGGCCAGGAUCCGUUCCAUCAAUUUUCAUGAUGGAAACGAUGAUGGAUCACGCCGCCAAAGUCUUGGACAUGGAUCCGCUGAUGUUCAGGAAGCUGAACCUGUUCAACAAAGGCCAGACAACUGUCGAUGGAAGGGUUCUGAAGUACUGCAACAUCAAGGCUAUUGUGGCUCAGCUGGAGGCGUGGGCCGAUGUCAAGGCCAGAAAACAACAGGUGGCAACAUUCAACCAGGCCAACCGAUGGAAGAAGAAGGGCAUUGCGGUGAUGCCUAUCCGAUGGAACGUGGACUAUCGCCAUGAAACGUUCAACGUCUACCUGACUGUCUACCACGGGGAUGGGUCCGUGGCCCUCUCAAUCGGUGGCGUGGAAAUGGGACAGGGAAUCAACAUAAAGAUGAUGCAAGUAUGUGCCUUUGAGCUGGGUAUCCCAAUGGAUACGAUCAAGGUUAAAGCAACGAACACCCUGUCCGACUCUAACUCGUUCACUACUGGAGGCAGCAUCACGACCGAAAUAAAUGCUUUGGGGGUCGUGCAGUGUUGUCAACAGCUGAAGGCUCGGCUGGCUCCGGUCAAAGCCAAGAUGGUCAACCCUACCUGGCAACAGCUUGCUGCUCAGUGCUACAAACAAGGGGUGGAUCUGUCAGCCAGAAGCUCAACCUUUCCAACAGGAGACUUCAGUAACUACAACAUUUACGGUGCCAUAUGCACUGAAGUUGAAGUAGACAUCCUGACCGGGGAGAACCAGAUCAACAGAGUGGACCUUCUGUAUGACUGUGGAGAAAGUAUGAACCCGGAUAUUGACAUCGGCCAACUUGAAGGUGGUUUUGUGAUGGGCGUGGGAUAUUGGCUGACCGAACAGAUGAUCUUUGACCCACAGACUGGCACCGCCCUGACGGAUGGCACAUGGGAAUACAAGCCUCCAAUGGGAAAGGAUAUUCCUAUCGACUUCCGGAUCCAGUUCCUGAAGAAUGCACCCAACCCACGCGGAGUCCUGAGAUCAAAAGCUGUGGGGGAACCACCCGUGUGUUUGUCUGCAUCAGUCUUGUUUGCUGUGAAACACGCCAUCGAGGCUGCCAGAAAGGACAUUUCACAGGACACAUUCUUCCCCCUCGACGGCCCUGCAACAGUGGAGAUGAUUCAGACAGCCUGUCAACUUGACAGCUCCCAGUUGGUGUAUGGGACCUAGGUCAACUAGAUUCUGCCCAGAAGUGUUGUAGAGCAUAGAUCAGUGAUGGAGAUUAAAGAAAUAUGCAGCAUUGAAAUGCUGAUUUCAAAAUAUACUUCGCGCAAUUAUACCUUGAUACUGAUCACAAUCAAACUGCUGUUACAAUAACGCAUUGAAAGUCAAAAUCGCUAUAACACGUGAUAGCAAGACUCCUCCUAAUGUAAAAUUUACAAUUUCCAUAUCAGCAUUUGUACAACGCAUACCUCCCCCCUUUCCACCCCAACCCAAAAAACACACAAAAGAGCGAUCGACCCAUGUUACAUUCAUAAGAAAAUCGGAUCUUCCGCUUAAAUUUAUGUUUGCGGGUUUAAUGUUUUAUGACUGAAUCAGAUCUAGAUCUCUGAAGAGUUUUUACCAUAAGUAAUCAAAUGACGUAGACCAAACAUGACAAAAAUGAUUCCUUCAGUGGAACGUUAUGUAUGCUACAUAUAUCAAUCAGGUCAUUGUCAUUGUUAAUCAACGAUGUGUGUCGUGCGGGUUAUAUGUUUCAGAAAAUCGUUAGAAACAAAUUUGUUUCUGUGGAGGCUACGUUUCAGCGGAGAGUAUUUCCAUAUGUAAUCGAAUGUUGUUCACCAACUUUAAUGUAAACGAUUACUUUAUUGACACGUACUACAUUUUAUAUACAUGUGUUAUAAUCGACGAAUGAUUCCUGGACACUAACCAAACCAUAUCAAACUGUUUUGUUCAAUAAAAAAGAACCCUUACCCUUCAAUAUUGACUGCUUGAGCCAUGUUACCUGUUAACGUCAGAGAAAAAUCGGUCUCAAAUACCUGCCGAAAUAGAAUGCAUAGGCGUAAAAGGUAAGAUUGUGAAUGAAAAUUAUAUACAGUAAACUACGGUUAUAACGAACCCGCUCUACUGGUAGCACCUGCUAUUCGUGAAGAAAGUAAGAACCGGUGAGAAAGGAGGUGCGAAAACUCCAUGUAAAGGCAAUUGCAGGGGACAGCAUCGCGCAUCAUGUAUUAAUAAAUUCCUCUGAAUGUCUACCAUAACAUUUCUGGAAUUACUAAACAAGGGUUUGAUGGUAAAACCUUGAUUUAAAAUUUCAAUGCUCUGAAGUAUCCAAACAUUUGAGAAAGGAAGACGCCAUAAACUGGUGUUAAACCCAGUGUUCCACACGAUUGCAGUCAGAAACGUCUCCAGAAAUACACACAAAGGAUAUUCCCCCCAAGCCAUGCUUCGUUAAACCGGACAAUAUCGCCGUGAACGACAAUGUUAAGAUAUUCAAAAUGUUGACAUGUUUGUAUCUGGUUCCUUCUAAAAUUAGUAUUGAAAUGUAUUACUUAUAAUUGUUUUGCAUAUAUCCUGCCUCAUGAUAAAGAUGUGUGUGGUUGAGAAAUCUUCCAUUUUUUUAGUUCCUUCUUUGGUGAUUGUAAAUGGCAUCUUUUAGACCGAAAUAAAUUCUUCUAUGCAAUGCCGUGACUUGUUAACUUAAAACAUACCCUGUUUCUUAAGGAUUGACUUUGUAUUUUUUUUCGAUUCAUUGAGGUAUGAAUCGAAACACCGAUGUGCAAACUGUAUGAAUCCGCAUUGCGGAGGAUGUGGUUGUGAGGGGUAUGGAGGGGAACAAAUUCCUGAUGUAAUUGAGGUUUAUGCACAAUCAUAAGUAUUAUUUUUUUAAUUAUUAUUAUUAUUUUAUUUCUUUUUUGAGUACACAAACAAUAUGUUUACAGAAUAUAGUUCACAUGCAAUCUUAAAUACAUACAAGUUACAAAGUAUAUCUAUAGAUGAUAACAAACAAAAUCUAUUUCAGUGUCAUAUUGUUGGAUUGUGCAAGUUGGUUUUAAACGAAUAGGUGGUGACAGAGAGACCAAAAUGUUAUGAACUGUGUGUAUUUACAUUGUGAAUAUGAUAUAUUUCUGUCGAUGUAAUAUAAAUCGGUUAUUUCUUGUUUGAUGUGUGGUAGUCGGAAAUGUUUGAUUUGAAUAUGUUUUGCUUUGUUACAGUUAGAAUAUGAUUUAAUACAUCAUUUCGUUUUUGUUGAUAUCCUAAUAAAAAUGUCAAUUUUGAAAA